AUGGCAGAGACACAGAAAUCCUCCUCUGCAGCACAUGCGAAAAACCACGACAAUAAACGGAAACGCGACGAUGCAGACAAGCAGUCGCAGGGUGCGACUUCAGCAGCAAACAAGAAGCAAAAGCCAUUAGGAAACAAACACGAUAAGAAGAACAAAAAAGACAACAACGCCGGCAAAGGUGGCAAAGAAAAUGCCAAAAGGCCAGCAGGAACCCCGAAGCAGCAAAACCACGACGAAGCGUUUGACGAGUCUAUUGGCAAGAUGGAUGGGCAGUUACUAGCAGACCAUUUCCUGCAAAAGGCCAAAAGGCACAAUAAAGACUUGUCGGCGGUUGAAUUGGGCGAUAUGAGUAUCCCAGUAAAUGCAUUCUUCGAUACGACGUCGUUCCAAGGGCCACGAACUUUGGCAAAAUUGCCCGAGUAUCUGAAAGAGUGUGACCGCAGCAAAGGCUCCGAUAUAGGCGUGGCAUCUGAAGAAAAGGGCAGUCCACAUACUCUUGUGGUAGCGGCAGCAGGUCUUCGAGCGGCUGAUAUUGUGCGUGCCCUACGACCGCUGCAAAGCAAGGAUGCUACUAUCGCCAAACUGUUUGCAAAGCAUAUCAAAAUCGACGAGGCCAAGCAAUUCCUCGAGCGAGCGCACACCAACAUUGGCGUGGGCACUCCCCAGCGCAUCAUUGAUCUUUUAGAAGCGGGAUCGCUCAAAACAAAAGACUUGAAACGCAUUGUGGUGGAUGGCUCGCACAUUGACCAGAAGAAACGCGGGAUAUUUGAUAUGAAGGAGAUGUAUUUUCCAUUGCUGAAGCUGCUCACCCGACCGGAAUUUUGCGAGCGGUACGGAUCGAAGGAGCAGGAGUUGAAGGUACUUGUUUAUUGA